AUGUAUGAGGUCAUUUCCUUGCUAGAGGAUCUCAAACAACACAUCCUACUUCUAGAAGAUGGUUUGAUGAUGACCAUGUCACUAGGCCAACAAGCCACCUUCAUUGACAAAAGGAACUUGCUUGUGCCUCUUAUUCCUGAAGACAAUGAGAAUGUUCAUCAGAAAGAGCCAAGAACUGAGCCAACUGAGCAAAUUCCUCGUACUGAAACUACUCCAGAGGCUCGUGCUUCCAGUUCUCAGCCACAAGACAAAGGAAAGGCUCCAAUAACCGAAGAGGAAAUCGAAGAGGAUGAUGAGGAAACUGAAGAGGAAGAAGUGGAUCAUCAGUAUGCCUAUCCGAACGCUCUCGUGUUUGCUUUGAACAAGGAGCGUAAGGUGUUGGCCAGAGAGAAUGCUCGACUUGAGGUCGAGGCGACCCAGGAUAGGGCGACCAACGAGAAGCAAGCGGCGCGUAUCAAAGAGCUAGAAUACGACGUGCUUGAGGUCGAGAAUAGGGUUGACGACCUCUGCGCUCAACUGAGGGAGGCACGAGAGCACGAGAUUAAGCGAGCUCGCAAAGUCAGGGGUCGCGCUGAGUCGAUCCUUAAUCUUUGUGAUGACGGCCUUGAGGAGGAUAGUGACGAGGCUUCGUGUGCGGAGGCCGAGGCUGGGGAGGAAUCUACCCCGUCGCCUGGGUCCCAGACCCCGCAGUAUGCCUAUCCGAACGCUCUCGUGUUUGCUUUGAACAAGGAGCGUAAGGUGUUGGCCAGAGAGAAUGCUCGACUUGAGGUCGAGGCGACCCAGGAUAGGGCGACCAACGAGAAGCAAGCGGCGCGUAUCAAAGAGCUAGAAUACGACGUGCUUGAGGUCGAGAAUAGGGUUGACGACCUCUGCGCUCAACUGAGGGAGGCACGAGAGCACGAGAUUAAGCGAGCUCGCAAAGUCAGGGGUCGCGCUGAGUCGAUCCUUAAUCUUUGUGAUGACGGCCUUGAGGAGGAUAGUGACGAGGCUUCGUGUGCGGAGGCCGAGGCUGGGGAGGAAUCUACCCCGUCGCCUGGGUCCCAGACCCCG